AUGGCCUAUAAACGACUGCUAGGUAUAGAGAAGAAAAUGCGAUUUGACUCAGAAUUUGCCGCUAAAUACAAAAAAGAAAUCGCAAAGUACAUAGAAAACGGUUACGCUAGAAGGAUUCCCGACGAUGAAGAGUAUAUCGACACAGGUUUUAAGUGGUAUUUACCUAAUUUCGCAGUGCAAAAUCCGCACAAGCCCGGAAAAAUGAGAAUCGUGUUUGAUGCCGCCGCCAAAGUAAAUGGUAUAGCUUUAAACUCCGCCUUGAUAAAAGGUCCUGAACAUGCUAAGCCAUUAUUAGACAUAUUGUUCAGAUUCCGCGAGGGAGCAGUCGCAGUAGCAGCAGACAUCCGUGAAAUGUUUUCACAGGUGCUGAUAAAGCAGCAAGAUCAACAAGCGCAAAGGUUCUUGUGGCGCGAUGGAAACCAUCUUCAACCGGUACAACAGUACGUCAUGCAGUCGAUGGUGUUUGGUGCCAUAUGUUCACCUUGCAUAGCAGAAUAUGUUAAAAAUAAGAACGCAGAAGAAUUCCGCCAGCUAUAUCCCGACGCCGGUGCAGCAAUAAUAAAUAGUCAUUAUGUUGAUGACUUCGUAGCCAGUUUUAGAGAUCAACAAGAAGCCGAAAGAAUUUGUCGAGAGGUCGUAUUCAUCCACGCCGAAGGAGGUUUUCAACUGAAGUCUUUUGUGUCGAACAUCAGAGAUAUCGAGGUCAGCCUGAACAAAGAACCAAGAACAGUAUCACAGCCAGUAAGCUUAGAAAGCGUAACCAACCACGAAAAGAUAUUAGGAAUGUAUUGGAAUAUGGCAACGGACUCGUUCGAAUUCCAAUUCAAGUUUCAUCGUAUCCCGAAACCAGUAUUAGAGGGAAUACGAGCACCAACGAAGCGUGAACUGCUGAGCAUAAUCAUGGCAGUCUUUGAUCCGUUUGGUAUUCUCGCAGAUUUUCUACUAUUUAAAGUACUGAUACAAGAAGUAUGGAAAAGCCGCAUUGAGUGGGACGAAGUGAUUCCAGAUAAACUUCAAAACAAAUGGUUUGCCUGGUGGGGCGAGUUUAAACGCGUUAACGAAGUCCGGAUCAGACGUUGGUAUUCGCCUCAAUUGCAAGCAGCCGUAUCGAUUCAGCUACACAUAGUAGUAGACGCCAGCCAAGUUGCAUUCGCCGCCGCUGGUUAUUUUCGAGUCACCAGUGCAGAAAAUUGUGAGGUCACAUUUGUAGCCGGUAAAACCCGAGGUGCACCUCAAAAGCUCUUGUCCGUGCCAAGAUUGGAACUGCAGGCAGCAGUAUUAGGCGUGCGAUUGGCCAAACUAAUCUGCCAUGGUCAUAGCAUUCAGCUUGACGCGACAAUUUACUGGUCCGAUUCACAAACAGUGCUACAUUGGGUCAACUCCGAGGAGAGAAAGUUUAAGCCCUUCGUCGGCCAUCGCAUCGCCGAAAUACUAUCGUCGUCUACGCCUCCUCAGUGGCGCUGGAUACCUACUGAGAAAAAUACUACUGAUAUUGCUACUCGGCCAAGAUGGCCCCCGAAGGUCGAGAUGUGCAGUUCAUGGUUGCGAGGUCCAGAGUUCCUACAGCAGCCUAUGGAGUGUUGGCCCAUCUUAUCCAAUAAGCCUUUACCAGACCAGCUACCAGAAGAAGUCCAGCCGUGCUUCGCCAUGCAUAUCGAGUUGAAACGGGUGAUGGCCUGGGUUCAACGAGCCACCUGCAAAUUUUUGAAGCACGUCCGUGCGCACCAGAACGACGACGAUACGCGGUCGAGCGGAGCGCUGACCGCCAGCGAACUCAAUAAAGCCGAACAAUUUAUAAUAAAAACAGUCCAGAACGAGAUUUACGCCAAAGAAGUUGCAGCGCUCAAAAACUCAGCAUGUCUCCACAAACAAAGCACCAUCUAUGCGCUAACGCCGUUCUUAGAUAAGGAGGGCAUUAUGAGGAUACAAGGUCGCAUCGACGCAGCCGCAGUUUUGCCGAUAGAAUCCAGGAAGCCGAUUUUGAUGCCGAACAAACACAUCGUCUCAACACUCAUAAUGCGCCAGUACCAUGAAAACAUGCACCACCAGAAUUCUGCCGUCAUCGUUAACGAAGCCCGCCGAAAAUAUUGGUUCCCUCACGCUAAGUCGUUGCUCAACGCAGUUCAACGCAGUUGCAACAGAUGCCGAAUCGACAAAGCUAAGCCAGCACCGCCUCUCAUGGGCCAGUUACCCGAAGACCGCGUCACACCAUACUUAACGUGCAAGCAAUCAUAUUCGAAUAACAAAUAA